CUGUAGUGUUGACGUGGACAGUAUGCCAAUUUGUGCGUUAGCCUACCAGGAAGUGGGUCGAGUUAUUUAUGUUUCACAACAUCGAGGCAGCAACGAUAGGUGUGUGUAUAGCCUACCUAUCAGUAACCUGAUACUGGAGUUAAAAUAUUAACGUGUUUUCGGCACAUGCUUCAAACUCUAGAUAGGACAUCGUUUGAAAACAUUUUAUUUUCGGACACAUUUCCUGGGAGUUAAAACGUAUUUUUCGGAAAUGCGGAAGCAGAGAGACAGAUAGAUACGAGGGCGAGAGACAGAGGAGCUUGUAAAACGUUUUGCCUACCUGAACUGCCGGUAAGUAAAACAUUUUCUAAGGUAAGUGUAGGCUUCUUCUCUUUUGUAAAGCCCACUAAAACUUAAAUUAUCGUAGCAUUAACUUUAUUUUGUGCCAAAAACAUUAUUGGUGCUGUUAAACGUUUUAAUAAACUCUAUUAUUCAGUAAUAUUUAAACAAAAUAAUUUAUGGGGGAAAGGCGCCUGUCGUACGCGAACGUCGGGGAAUGUUUGUCAAGGUUGUCUAGUAUACGAGUUAAUGGACUGGGCGAUCGAAGGAGAUGGCUGCAUUGAAAGGGUACAUUUAGAAAAAGCAUAUAUUUUCAAACGCUAAUUCCGUGUAGGCUAAGCCACGGUUAUGCAUGGCAUAUUAUUUGUUCUUUUACAGGUAAUAUAGCCUACCAUGGGGACAGCAGUGUAGUAUAAUGGGUAGGGAAAUGGCCUUAAAGGUCACAGGUUUGAUUCCCGGAUAGGACACUGCUAUUGUACCCUUGAGCAAGAUGCAACCUGCAUUGCUUCAGUAUAUCUCCAGCUGUAUAAAUGGAUGCAAUGUAAUGCUAUGUAAAAGUUGUGUAAGUCGGAUAAGAGUGUCUGCUAAAUGCCUGUAAUGUAACCAUGGUUUACCCUUUUCAUGAUGAACAUAGCACAUUUUCAACUUGAAUAUGAAUUGUUAAUUGCCCCGGUAGCUAUUCAGUGUCUUUGGACAAAUUUUCCAAAAUAAUUGUGGGGAGACACUGUAAAUUUAUAUGGUUGAAAAUGUAAUUUAGGGUGGUGUUCAUUGUGACUGUUAAAGUUAUGGCUAACUGAAAUAUUGUAGUGAUGUAAAGUAUUGUACUGCCAUAAAUUGUACAAACAUGCAUGUGUGUAUUUGUUCUGGACAAAGUUCUUUCACUCUUUGCAGACGGCUUUCCUUAGGCAGGGGGUGUUGUAAUGAAGCUCCAUGCGAAGAUCCUGACCCACUACUUGUCAUGCAGCUCACCUGUUGAUAAAGAGGGUUAUCUGUAUAAGAAGGGAGAAAGGAACACUUCUUAUCAGAAGCGUUGGUUCACACUGAAGGGCAACCUUCUGUUCUACAAAGAUCGCCCAGGGGACCGUGACCUGAUUGGAGUGAUUGUUCUAGAAGGAUGCUCAGUCCAGCUGUGUGAAUCUGAGGAGCAGUUUGCUUUUUCGCUGGUGUUCAGCGGGACAGGCCUCAGGACCUAUAAGCUUGCGGCUGAAGACCAGCAGAGUCAGGAGAGCUGGAUCAAAGCCCUGCUUUCAGCCAAUCACAGCUUCCUGUCCUUGCUGGUGAGAGACCUGGAGACACAGUAUGAAGAAAUUAGAAGAGAAACCUUAGCCAGUGAUACCUAUCAGCACUCCACUGUAAUUGGUCCAGACGCUGAUAAACUGGCCCAAUCCCUGAUUUCCAUGAACUCAGGCCCCUCCUCCCUAAAUCCCAGGCCAGCAGUGAGGGAGGGACGAAGCUAUAGCACAAAUUACUUGCUACAAGCCCCUCCUACUUCUACCAAGCCUGUUACUAAGAAGUCUCCAAAACUCUGGCCUAAGAGAAAUGCCCAUGUCACACCUAUAAUUGGCCCUGUCCCACCUCUUGGGGAAUGGCCCUUAGUGGGGUCUGGACCCUUUAAGAAUUUUGGUGAACUGCAUGAGCACUAUGGAAAGGAAGUGAAGGAGCUGAGAGCUGAUUGGCUGCAGAAGAAGCUGGAAGAGGAGGGUAAGCUAGAGGGUGAUCUAAUUGAUUUUGGGUGAGAGAGGAACUGGACAAUGUUCUGACAAUCUAUGAUGUCAAAGAAUAUUAAAAUCUGAAGUGAAUUUCUUAAACCCAGUUUAAGUGUUUGAAAGCGAUUUUUCUGUGUUUUUUCUAUAUCCUCCAGUCUUUAUUUUUUUUUGCAUUUUUACCAACAUCAGAAUUUAGCUUUAAUCUUAUUUGCUACCAAACGUCAUGUGAAGAGUUUAAUUAGUUGUGCUGGUUUUUCAGGGGACCGCGCCUUACUGUAGUUGUCCAGUAGGUUCUCAGUGUGUUAUUGAAGACACAGGUAACUGAAACAAUAAUUAUGAACUGCUGUACUCAAGCUUGUUUCUCCUGGUUUUAGCAAGCUUCCUAAACAAUUCAGUUUCAAAUAGUGUACUAUUUUCAUCCAAGAACUUUGCAUGUAUCAUGUAUCAUAAAAUGGUAAGUGGCUACAUAAUGGGAUUACAGAGACUACUAUUUCAAGAUGAUUUGGGUAAUUCAGGUUUAAAUUUGACUGCAAUAAUACAAUAUGUAAGCUGUAUAAUAUUUAGCUUCCUAUGUUUAGCUGCAGAUAUUCAUAUCAUGGGGCCCUAUCGCUGACUGAUGUUUAUGGUGGCAGAGACUCCACCGUUCUGUGGUAUGAAACCCUAGCCCAGAAUAGUACAUUAGUUCAUAACUUCAGUCUGUUCCAGUCCUUUUAAUGCAGAGGUUAAGAGUGACUAAAUUUCAGGUCAUUUGACCUGAAUAUUUAAUCUCAUUUUACUCUGAAACCCAUACUGUUCUGAUUUCAAGGCAGCUUUACCAACCAAAAUAUAAAGUGUAUAAGUGCUAUAAAUACCCAGCUUUGGGUAGAACGUGCUUUGGACCUCUGUAGUUGUCAACACUUGUUACUCAAGAUACUGUAAAAUGUAAUUUUAUGUCCAAUCAACAGGUGAUAUGAUACAAUGGGAAAUAGGGAAAGUUGUCAAUUUUCUGUGAAAACUUUUGUUAAAUUAUUUGUGUGUAGAAUAUCUGUACCUGAAUAAAUGAUUGAAGACAUUUUA